AUGCAAUGCAAUGGACAAUUAUUCGUGGCCCAUUCCAAAAUGUCGGCCAUUUUCGCCUCCCAAAUCUUCACCCCAAUAUCCGGCCAGCCAAGAGCCGCCGGUCUCCGCCCCGUCACCACCGCCAAACUCAACAACUCAGCCCAAACUCCGCCAAGCCUUAUCCGCAAGGAGCCCAAAGAAGACAUGGGAAAGGACGCGUAUGAAGAAGCCAUCGAUGCACUCCAAAAGCUUCUAAGUGAGAAGGAAGACCUCGCACCGGUGACCACCGCCAAAAUCGGAGAAAUAAAAGCUCAGCUGCAAACAGCCAACGGCAGCAGCGCCACCACCGCCACCACCGUCUCGGAGUCCGUCGAGAGGUUGAAAACCGGUUUCAUCCACUUCAAGAGAGAGAAAUAUGAAAAAAAUCCAGCUUUGUACGCCGAACUUGCCCAAGGCCAGAGUCCCAAGUAUAUGGUGUUUGCGUGCUCGGACUCGCGCGUGUGCCCUUCACACGUGCUGGACUUCCAACCGGGAGAGGCUUUCGUGGUCCGCAACGUUGCUAACAUGGUCCCUCCAUAUGAUAAGACCAAAUACUCUGGAAUUGGGGCUGCCAUUGAGUAUGCUGUUCUGCACCUCAAGGAGGCGGUGAAUGUCUCGCUCGGAAAUCUGCUUUCUUACCCGUUUGUUCGACAAGGUUUGGUGAACAAAACACUUGCGCUAAAGGGCGGUUACUAUGACUUUGUAAAUGGGAGUUUUGAGCUGUGGGGACUCGAAUUCGGCCUUUCGCCAUCUCUCUCUGUAAAAGAUGUUGCCACUAUACUGCACUGGAAGCUC